CUGGUGAGCUCAGGCCUCCAUGCUGGGCCUCGUGCAAGACGGACACUGACAUCUUCACCUCUCUCUCCCUACAGGCUCAGAGCUUGAAACCUCAGGAUGGGGGAUGAGGAGAAGCGCAACAGGGCCAUCACGGCCCGGAGACAGCACCUGAAGAGUGUGAUGCUCCAGAUUGCGGCCACAGAGCUGGAGAAAGAGGAAAGCCGCCGUGAAUCCGAGAAGCAGAACUACCUGUCCGAGCACUGCCCGCCUCUGCAUAUUCCAGGCUCCAUGUCUGAAGUGCAGGAACUUUGCAAACAACUGCAUGCGAAGAUUGACGUGGCUGAGGAGGAGAAAUACGACAUGGAGGUGAAGGUGCAGAAGAGCAGCAAGGAGCUGGAAGACAUGAAUCAGAAGCUAUUUGACCUGAGGGGCAAGUUCAAGAGGCCCCCACUUCGGAGGGUGCGUAUGUCGGCUGAUGCCAUGCUGAAGGCGUUGCUGGGCUCUAAGCACAAGGUGUGCAUGGACCUGAGGGCCAACCUGAAGCAGGUCAAGAAGGAGGACACCGAGAAGGAGCGGGACCUGCGUGAUGUGGGUGACUGGAGGAAGAAUAUUGAGGAGAAAUCUGGCAUGGAAGGCCGGAAGAAGAUGUUUGAGUCUGAGUCCUAACUGCCCACUGCCCCACCCCACUCCACCACUGGGAGAGCACCCAACAGCCAGGCUGGGAGUACCUGGCCUCAUGCCA